UACGCGGUAUUAGCUUAAGCUCAAAGUUUACUUAAUUUUAAACCAAAUAGUAGCAUUUUUUAUUUGCAAUAGAAUAGUUGGCUAUGAGCACACAUUUUCAAAUAUUGUAUUAAAUACUUUUCUUAUCAAAUUCGAGAUGGUGGGCGUUUCUGGAAAUAAAGUUAAAUUGCUGCCGACAGAUACAAAGGAUGAAACAUUGGCUUCACCCUCGCUGUUUCGCAUAUCAGUCGCGCAUCUGCUAUUGAUUGGUUUUUCCAUACCACACAUCGCAUUGGCAUACUUCCUCAUCAUGACUCUGCUGACGGACUUUGAGAAUUCAAACUACACACAUUGCAAUGUCAUCAAUGUGAUACCGUCCAUAUCGGCAGUGGCCAAGUCCCAACAAACGAGCUUGCGGGUGGCUACAUGGUUGCAUUUUCCCUUUCGUUUGCUGGCAAUCAGACUCUAUUGUAGCUAUUUCCGGAGGAAGCUGGCGCGUCCAGUGCGCAGCAUAGGCUACCUGGCUGUAUGGUUUCUCAUUUUAGAGACCUUGGGCAGUCUUGUGUUAUCGCAAACGGCUCAGAUUGGAGGGGAAGAGCCUGUGCAUUUGCUAGCUGCUGGCCUGAUUUGGAUAUCAGGUUGCCUUUUUAUGGCCACAACGUUUGUAUGUUACAAAUACUACCAUCGUGACAUGAUGGAACCCAUGGAGGAACUGUCGUUUAAAGUCAAAACCAGACUAGUUUACACUUACUUCUGCAGCACACUGAUAAUGUGGUUCUGGUAUUUCGUACACAAUGCAGUUUGCUUGCCAUUUGCUUAUUCCGUUUUCUCGUUGUGCGAAUACGUUACCAUCUGGACUAUGAUGAGCUACACCUGGACCUGUUACUUUGAUUUCUACCAUGUUUACCUUAUGUAUAGCCCCAAGAUGGGUUAUUUUAUGAGCGAAAUAUAGACAAGCUUUGUAAAUGGUACAACAAAAUAUAUAUUUAAACUUAA